CCGGACGAGUGGUACGGACAUCGCCGACGGAGACCGGCGGAGCGUUCGCCUUUAAACACGGUCUUAUGACUACAGGCAGCUUCAGUGAGAGACGACCCGAGGACCGAAUCAGAGACUGAUAGCCGGGGACAGCAGAGGACUGACUCAGGGACAAGAACCCGGUGACAGUGAAUGACAGCCGGGGGACAACAGAGGGCACAUCUCCCCUGCAGAGGCUGAAUGGUUGGUGCCAGUCCGAGUUGGUGCCAGUGGAGUUGCACGGAUACUACCUCACCUGUCUGCAGGAUUUUGUUUUCCAGGCCACCUGUUGCACCUUCCCCUCCUGCAGCUCCAAGGAAAUGUGUCGCCUGCCAGUGGCUUCGCUCUUCAUUUGCUUCUGGUUGGUGGAGAGAAGCCACUGCAGCGGCAGCCUUCAGGACAGCAUGGGAGAGCUGCACACCAGGUUCGCUGUUAGCCUCUACCAGACGCUCACAGAGACAGAGAACAACUCCAACCUGAUCAUGUCUCCAGUGAGCGUCUCCUUGUCUCUGGGGCUGCUGCAGCUCGGUGCCAGGGGCACCACGCUGGCUCAGCUGGAGGGAACGCUGGGAUACAAUGUGAACGAUGCCCAGGUACAAGACUUCCUGUUGCACUCACAGGGUGACAUGAGCAACACCAGCCAGGGGACGUGGCUGCAGCAGACCUGCACGUUAUUCAUCCAGAGUGGUGUACAGCUCCUGUCUGAGUUCACGCAACACGCAGCAGCCUGGGCCAACGCCAGUGUGGUCCGAGCCAACUUCAGCCGACCCAACCACAUUCGCAGCCAGGCGGAGAGAUCGGGGCACAACCAUGAUGAGACGGGGCCCCUCCAGUCAGGAAGCAGCAGUGGGGAGCUGUCGGGCUCGGGCGAGGCCCAGGCGGAUGCCCUGUGGUGGGGCCACCGGCUGCAGAUGACCCUGGUCAACACGGUGGCCUUCAGGGGUGUCUGGCAGAAACAGUUCCUCUACACCAACACCCAGAACCUGCCCUUCACCCUCUCUGAUGGGAGUACCAUCAAAGUGCCCAUGAUGUAUCAGGCUACAGAGGCCAGCUUUGGUCAGUUCAGGACAGCAUCAGACCAGCGCUAUACCGUGUUGGAGUUGCCAUACCUGGGCCGCUCUCUGAGCCUGCAGGUGGUCCUGCCCAGCGAGAGGAAGACGCCGUUGUCCUCACUUGACUCCCAGCUCAUCGCUCGCCAGCUGGCUUCCUGGGACACAGGCCUGCGCAGAACCAAGAUGGACAUUUUCCUACCCAGGUUCAGAAUGCACAACAGGUUUAACCUGAGGUCAGUGCUUCCUGCCAUGGGCAUCAGUGAUGCCUUUAACCCAACUGCUGCUGAUUUCACUGGAAUAUCAGUGGAGGAGGGUCUUUAUGUGUCUGAUGCCUUCCAUGAAGUGAGAAUAGAAGUCACAGAAGAUGGGACAAAGGCAGCUGCUGCCACAGCUAUGGUGCUACUCAAACGAUCCCGUGCUCCUGUUUUCAAGGCAGACCGGCCGUUCUUAUUUCUGCUACGACACAUUAACACAGGAUCUGUCUUAUUCAUGGGCCGAGUGAUGAACCCAGCCGACCAAGCUCCCUAAGAUUCUUAUACCCAAACACACGCACACACUUAAACCCUGACCCCUAUUUCACUACCGGUAUUUAUUUGUGGACCAGCAGGAGGGUCCAUGGACACUUAGG